ACUGCCACCGUCAGCCCCAGGUUUGUUGAUUACUGAUAGGCCGUUUCUGAAAGCUUCUAGUUGCUCUCCCCAUGGCUCUCUCCCUGCAAACCAGCUCCGCCGUCCCGCUGCGCGCUGCAUUCAGCCAGGAUUCCGCGCGCGAUGCCACGUCAGUGAGCGCGGCUUUCGCCCUGCGAGCUGCGACGACCAGAGGCAGCCAGUCAUGCGUGCGUGCAGGAAAUGCGACGGCGCAGCGACAACAAUGGCGGUCGUUGAAGGUUGCGGCGUCAUCCGCGACAACUGCAGAGCCAGCCGUAGAAGAGGCGAGUGUACUGCGUGUGAUUAUAUCGGGAGCUCCAGCCUCGGGAAAGGGGACACAAUGCGAGGAGAUUGUGAAGAAGUACGGCCUGGCGCACAUCUCCACGGGCGACCUGCUGCGCGACGAGGUGGCGCGGGGCACGGAGAGCGGGAGGCAGGCCAAGGCGUUCAUGGACGCGGGGCAGCUCGUGCCGGACCAGCUCGUGAUCGAUAUGGUGCGGGCGCGUCUGUCCCACCCGGACGCGCAGCACAAGGGGUGGCUGCUGGACGGCUUUCCCCGGUCGCCCGCACAGGCACAGGCGCUCGAGGAGGUGGGGGUGGUGCCGGACGUCUUCCUGCUGCUGCAGGUGCCGGACAGCAUUCUGGUGGACAGGGUGGUGGGGCGGCGGUUGGACCCCGAGACCAACCGCAUCUACCACCUCACCUUCUCGCCGCCUGAGAGCCAGGAGGUCAGCGCGCGCCUCAUUCAGCGCUCCGACGACACUGAGGAGAAGGCCCUAGCGCGGGUGGAGGUGUACAAGCAGCACGUGACACAUGUUGUCAACGCGUACAGGGAGAAACUAGUGGAGGUGGAUGGCAAUAGGGGCAAACACGAGGUGUUUGCUGACAUCACCAGCGCUCUUGACAAGGCCAAGACGGAUAAGCAGGCGGCGGCAGCAGGGGCAGGGUCAGAGGCGUGGAGGGGCAUGCCGACGCGGCUGAACGACAUUCCGCACAGCCGCGAGAUCCGCCAGUACUUCUACGAUGACGCCUGCGCCGCUGCUGUCAGCGCCGUCGAGGCGGGCAAGCAGAGGAUCAAGCUGGAGUGCCUCAUCCCUGAGCUCAACCCCCAAAUGGACGUGUACCGCAUCGGCACGCUGCUGGAGCUGAUGCGCGAGCUGGCGUUCACCUUCGCACGCAAGGGAAAGAGGGUCAAGGUGUGUGUGCAGGGCAGCAUGGGGUCGGGCAUAUUCGCAGGCAUGCCGCUGCAGCUUGCGGGCACGCGGCGCCUGCUGGAGGCCAUGGACUGGGGGGAGGAGGUCAGCCACCGCAUCGUCCUUGGCUCCGUGGGGGCUGCGGAGGUGGCGCCAGAGGACGAUGUGGUGAUCAUCAUGGCUCCUCAGAACGCCGUCGGCAACUGCAUCCUCGAUGACCUGCAAGCCAUGGUGGAGGCAGCAGCGCCGCGGCCUGUCAUCAUCCUCAACCCGCGCCUCAAGGACCUACCGAGUGCAGCGGGGGUGAUGCAGGUGUCGGGGCGGGCGGAGCGCGUGGCGUUCACAGAGACGUUUGAGCUCUGCUACCUCAUGCGCCUGCUUUACCUCUCCGGCACGCAGUACCCCAUCCUCGGCGCACUCAGAAUGCGCUACCCCGACCCGUACGAGAUCUACAAGCGAGUGGACAUCUCCUUCGGAGUGGAGCGCUACGACCUCAUGGCAUCCCUGCCCUCCCUGCCCUCCUCCGCUGACAUCAGCGACGCCUUCGCUGGCAAGACGCCACGGUCUCAAACACAACCUGAGGGCAUCUGGGGCUGGCUCUCCAAGGUCUUUUGAUUUCAACCAACACUGCUCUGCUUCAGACCACCAUCACCAGUGGCAGCUGUCGUACGUUCACUAUGUAUUUAUUUGUACACCAUUCUUAAGGACGCCAAACACGAUUCUAUACGGAGCAUCACCUAUGGUACCUACCAGUCUUGCUAUGGUUGGCUCCAGGGUCAGUGACCGUUUAAACCC